UGUGAGGUGAGCACGUGGGCACGCAGGCACGCAGGCAGGCAGGCACGCGGUGGAGCUUUCGCCUCAGGGGCGAAGUGGCAGUUGCUACUGCUUCCACAAGCUGUUUUAAGUAGGAUGGAUUGGACUUCACUGUAGAAAAUCUUCAGGAGUUGAGGGAGUUGUGGAGUGCUGCUUCAGGUGCCUUUGUUUCAGAUGUGUGGAGGUCCUGUAUCUGAAAUUGAUUCCACCUUUGCUGUCAAUUUUCUGGCAAGGUAUGCAGUAACUGGAUCAGGAUUCCUUUCUGGUAUAGCACAUUCCUUGUAGGUUACACUGGCUUCUCUUUUUGGAAAACAACAAUCCUGUAAUCUUCCGUGAGGCAAAAGGUGGCUGAGGAACCCAGAUAUUUUCCUUGCUGUGAGAUUCCAUUUCACUGUUUCCCUCUGGGCUGCUAGCUAAGUGCCUGCCUCUCAGGAUUCUGGUGGUGGGAAACAGGAAUUGAGGGUAAAAUCACAAAUCAAUACAUGGAAGGAGUACAUUGGUUUGGCCGCAAAAGGCGGGGCAUCCUGAAGCGGGGCUUACAGGUUAUAGGUGAAAUUGCAAAACAAUUUGGAACUUCAAAAUUGUCAAUAAUCCAGGAUACUUGUUUUUUAUUUGUUAAAAAAAGCAUGUCUACCUUAUUUGUACAUGGUUAUGUCCAAAUAUGGAGCAUGAAGACUGGGAUGUCUAAGUCAAAAGAAGCAUUCAUUGAAACAGUGAAAGGAAAGAAGAAAGUUCAACUGGUUCUUUAUUUCAACACUGGAGAACUUAAAACUUUUCAGCUAAGUAAUAAUAUUAAAAAUGUGGUCCUUAGAUCCUAUGGAGAAAAACAAAACCACUUGCAUUUAACUUUCCAAAAUAAUAACUUCUUGUUUAUUGAAAGAUUAUCCUCUAAAGAUGCUGAACAGUUGAAGAGACUCCUGGACAAAGUCCAUGGAAACAAGAGUCAACCAUGCGGGAGACCUCAUAAGCAUAAGGGUGUCUUUGCCAGCACAAUAACACAGGAGGAAAUCCACCAAACUUCAUUUCAAAAAGUUAAUAACAAAUCAAGAGGUGGAUCUUAUGAGACAGGAAAAGGUAGUGAAACACCUGCCCUUCAGGAGAUACCUUUGUUUACAUCAAAAUCAUCAAUGCCUAUUUGCAAAAGAUUAUUAGAGAAUCUACAUAGGAAGAGGAAAGGAAUGAUUUUGUCUAGUUCAGAGAUGAAUGAGAAGUUCCUGAAAGAAAGCUCCCUAGGAAAGAAGAAAUCCAAGAUGAAUCCCUUGAAGUAUGUAAGCCACAAUCCAGAGAAACAAUUUGAGUUAAAGGAAUUAAAAGAGAAGAAGAAAUUGGAAUUUGAAUCUUUAUUUAUGACCAACUCUACUGGAAACCCUUACCUAGAUUCCACUGGUCUCCAAACUCUUGCUGAGAAAGUAUUUUUGGCAUUUCUUUUGGAACCAGAUUAUAAUGAGUAUGGCCUAGAGUGGGAAGAAUUAAGGAUGUCACUUGACUUACACCCAGAUAAUAAACUAUGGCAAGGACUCCCUAAUUUGGGAAACACCUGUUACAUGAAUGCAACCUUACAGUGUCUAUUUGCAAUUCCAUCAUUUGUUGACGAUUUACUUAAUCAGGAUUUCCCAUGGGGUAAAAUGCCCCUUGGUGCUCUUAGCAUGUGCUUGGCCCAGCUGUUUAUUUUGAAAGAUAUUUAUAAUAUAAAAAUCAAGGAGAAGUUACUUGUGAAUAUUAAAAAAGCCAUCUCAGCAGUUGCAGAGAUAUUCUCUGGGAACGUACAGAAUGAUGCUCAUGAGUUUUUAGGUCAUUGUUUAGAUCAGCUGAAAGAGAACUCAGGAAAAAUAAACAGAAUUUUGAAGACUAAAAGUGAAUCUGAGGAAGAAAAUUCACCUCAACAGGUUUGUGCUGGUGAUGCUGCCACUGAAGUGCUUGUUUGUCCUGUCAUCAGUAAUUUUGAGUUUGAGUUGAUGCGCUCUAUUGUUUGUAAAGCUUGUGGUCAGGUUGUUCUCAAGACAGAACUGAGCAAUUACCUCUCUGUCAACCUUCCCCAAGGACCAAAAGCACUUCCUUUGUCUAUUCAGUCUACUUUUGAUCUUUUCUUUCAGGCAGAAGAGCUUGAGUAUAAUUGUGAGAAGUGUAAGCACAAGACUUCUCUUGCAGUUCACAAAUUCAGUAGGCUACCCAGAGUCCUUAUUGUUCAUCUGAAACGUUAUAGGUUUAAUGAGUUCUGGUCCUUAAGAAAGGAUGACCAGGAAGUCAUUAUAUCCAAAUAUUUAAACUUGUCUUCUCAUUGCAACGAAAGCACUAAACCACCUCUUCCCCCAAGCGAGAAAGCACGUAUUAGGGAUUUCCAAGUAUUAAAAUUUUUUCAAAACCUGAAUUCUGGAACCAUCAGCUCAUUAAGACAUUCAAUUAAGUUGACCUUGGAAUCCAAGAAUUCCCUGGCAGUACACAUUAGAUCAGACAAGGAGUCAGAACCACAAAAAUACCAGAGAGUCUUUAAAGGAACAAGCAGAGAACAACAGCAAAAAGACCUGGGGAAAAAUUCUAAACUGAAUACAACACAGUCAGAAUUGUUAAACACAGGAGAUGAGGCACUCAUUGAAAAAGAGCUAUUAGUUGGCUCAAUGAUGUAUCUAGAGGACACCUCCCUUUCUCUAAUCCACAGAGAUGGAGGUAAAUUCACCAGCAGCACAGACAAAUGUGUUGCAAAAGUUCAUCAUCAACAAGUUCCUGAAAAUCCAAAGCUAAAGAAAUACAAGAAAACCAGAAUGUGUGUAGCUUUUGAUAAGGUCACUAAGCCUACCAAAAAUUUUUAUCAAAAUGAAAAAAUCAGAAUUCCAAAAGGAUUCCGAGAAGUAGCUGAACAGACCCACCAGUGUAAUGGGAUGAGAAUCUGUGAAGAAGCCUCUCAGCAGGCACUGCCUCAAAGCUUUCCAAAGCCAGGUGCCAAGGGACACACAAAGAAUGGUAGAGGACCCAUGAAAUUAAAUCUCCAGGGGGAUAAUGUGAAGAACCAGGGUGCAUUGGGUUCUGAAAAAAACUCUGGAAACAAAGACAUUUUCAAUAAGAAGACAGAGUCCAAAGCCAAGGAACCAAAAAGAAAUGCUUAUAAGGAAGAUCUUCCUACCUAUCGUCUCAUUGGUAUUGUCAGCCAUAUUGGUACAACCCCAAAGUCAGGCCAUUAUAUCAGCGAUGCCUAUGACUUUGAGAGGCAGGCCUGGUUCACUUACAAUGAUACGCAGGUGUCAAAUAUCCAAGAGGCCCUGAUGCAGGAGGAGAGGCUUUGUACUGGAUACAUCUUUUUUUACAUGCAUAAUGAGAUCUUUGAAGAGCUGUUGAAAAGGGCAGAGAGCUCCCAGCUUCAUAGCGGCGAGGCAGGGAAGACCCCUCAGGAGUAAUAAGGAACAGACUUAUUGCACAGAAUUGCUUGACUGCCUCAUUAUCACUUUGGAAAGAAAACUCUAAACUAUUCUAGAAAUACAGAGACAAUUAGCCCAGGACUGAAGUUCAAAUAGAAACAUGGAGGAAUCUCCAUUUUAACUGUGACACAUGCACGUCAAUCCCACAGCUCUGGCUGAUGAGUGUCCAUUUUUCCUACAAGACUGGAAUUGGGCUUUCAUGUUUUAACGCAGUGGUUUUAAAAGUAUGCUCCUCAAAUUAACAGCAUUAGAAGCGUGGCAAACUCCUUAGACAUGUGAAAUCUUGUGCUCCACUGCAAAUCUACUGGUUCAGAAACUUGAGGUAGGAAGUAGGAAUCUGAUGGCAAUUCUGCUGCUUAAUACAGUUUGAGAACCACUACUGUAGUACAGAAAGUGUAUUGUUACAUUUUGCUAUUGUACCUUUUAGUUGCUUAUUUUGUAAAAGACUUUGAUUACAUGUUUUGUGUUUCUUAUUUUCAUGUAUGCCUUGCCUUUGUGAACUUAAUUAAAAGCAAAACAACUAUCAGGUAGCCAUAAUAAUUAAAAGCAUAAACAUUUAUUUUAGAAAACUAAAAAUGUAAAAAUCCAUUUAAAAUGUCACUUUCUGAUGAUCAUAUUCAGCAAUUUGGUGGGACAAAAAUAGUUGCUGGGAUCCUGGCAAGAAACAUUAAAUGAGGCAGAUAACUUUUGAGCCCUUUCAGACAUAUAUGAAUGAGACUUAAUGCCACCAGGUCAAGUCUCUAAACUGGCUGCUGCACUACUUCUUUUCCUCAAUGCCAAGGGGGCUGUAUACCCUCAGGCUUUAACACUUGAGAAUGGAGCAAUUGACUUUCUCUCAAGAGAUUGGCCCAUGUUUCUGCUAGCAAGCUGAUGAUGGCCCUUGGUAGUCUGAGCCCACCUUGCCAUCUUGGUCAUCUCAGAGAGAUAGUUGCAUGGCAUCAAAGGAACUUUACCUGGACUUUAUCUGGGAAACCUUGAACAAUCCUCUGCAUUCAAGAUUACAAGACUAAUUCGGAAUUUAUUUUGUAUCUCUGUACUUUACAACAUGGUGGACUUGUUCCUUCAACUAGUAAAGUAUACAUGCUUUAAAGUCAA